AUUUUCAGGAAUGAGAGUACUGAUAACACAUGUGUUGGUACUUGCUGCUAGCCUGAUUGUCACUGCGGAUCGACCAAUGCGAUGUUAUCAGUGCAAUUCGGCGAAUGAUGCAAACUGCGAUUCGAGUGAAACCAAAGACCUGAGGCAAUAUAUCAAGUUAUGUCCACUACUAAAGGAGGGCACUUAUGCCAGUAAUAAACCCAUUGCAUGCCGUAAAAUCGUCCAAAGUGUAGAAGAAUUGCCAGUGCAAAUAAUCAGGGAGUGCGCAUAUACGGGUGAUAAACAACUAGACGGAAUGCGCAAACAGGGCAAUAAAGCUGUCAAAUUGUUGUACUACCAAUGCGAAAAUGUGGAUGGCGAUAUGCCUUGUAACGGUACACAACAGAUAACGACUCGAUAUCUCUCCUUCACCCUUCUCCUUAUAAUUAUAAUUGCGAUAAUACAUACUAAAUAUCAGUAGAAAGUUGUCAGUUAUUUAUAUCCACUUGUGUCAUUCCAACAAUAUUUCCCACUCCUCAACUCCCCAUUUAUGCAAGAAGUGAACGUUUCUGGUUGUGAAAAUUCCACCUGUCUUUCGAAAGCUAUAAUAAUAAUAUGUCAUAAUAUAUGCUACCAGCCACGACUAACGUCUCAUGAAGGUCUUGUAAUUUUUUGUAGCCGAUACUACUGCGCAUUAGCACUGCACUUUAUAUAAGGAUAGACAG